GCUAUAAGGUAUUUGAGUUCAAUGCUCACAAUCAAUCCAAGACUGCCAGUAUUGCCGAUCCUUCUUUUUUCUCCUAUUGGAAACCUUCGUUCUGCUUGAUGUUCCUGAUUCCUAGCGGCCCGUGUGAACCUCGCAAAAGAUGCAAGGGGCAGGGACCGAUGGAAGACAAGGGAUCGCUAUUCUAAGACCAUUCCAAUAUCUUUAAUACCUCACCAGAUGGAGUACGAACUUUCCGAUAUUCAAAAGUGGUUCGCCAACACGAGAGCUUGUCGGCAUGUUCAAUCUCUUCCCGGUGUGAGGCUCGAGGGUCAGGCACAUGGUGUCGCCACCCUUGUGGUUCUAGGUCCAGCUACCUAACUUACCGUACGGAGCGGCUCGAGAGCAGCCGAGUAGUGGAUCAGGAGGGUACUAGUCUAGUCCACAUUUCGUCAGUCAAAUCCAAAUCUCAGUCACUUCUCUGGCAUCACCGCCGAUAUCGCUCUCUGGAUAAGCAAGGAGCAAGGAAGAUAACUGAUGCAGGUAUUACUUACUGUGCCCAACAUAACUCGCCGACAAGAUAUCAUAUCUCUAGCACUGGUUAGGCUAGUUAGUGUUUCAGUCCCAGCCGGCAUUCCUUUGGUACAUGGCCAAGAUGACCCAACCCACCAUCUUUUCUUUAUAAAAAAUCACCUUGACAUGUACAAGGGCCGGCGGAUAGAGAUCCACCACCACGGUGACCCACGUCGGCAUCCUGUCUUCUUGGCCCGGGCCACAGCGAAAAGGAUGCCAGUCUCUCGGGAAUAAGCAGCGAAUAUGCGGUUAAGUCCUCGGGGUCAACGCGGGCCAUCGCGAUGGGGUUUGCAUAUUUGCAUGCGGAAAGAUUUGACAAGCGAGAGGGUGUCUGUUCCUCUCCGAUGCGGCCCACACUUAAAAGGACUGGCCUACAGGAGACAUGUACGCCUUCUACUAGACGGAAGGCGAAAAAAAAAGUGAAAAAGAUGAUAAAAGAAACGCCAAGCCUGUACUAAAGUCUUCUUAUCGUUCUUUUAUUCAUCUUCUCAUCUUUCCCUCCUGUUACCACCACUCUAGCCCUCCCUUUAAUUUCAUUGUAAAUAUUUACGAGUAAUCAUACCGAUGAUGGCGAACAAUGGUGAAGCACCCCCCGAGUCUACAUCUCAGACGUCACUCGACGACUCUGCCAAGGCUCUGCAAGCCAGUCCUGUAGGUGGGCCGGGCGUCUGGAGCACUUCCGGCACAUCGACACCAAAGACGGACGACCCGUCACAGUCUGACGAUGGGCCGCCCACAGACCUUGAAGGUCUGCAUCGAGAGUCGACCGGUCCCGUGUAUAGCACUUUCAGCACGCUGAACAAAAAAUGGAUAAUCGGCAUGGUCUCCUUCUCCAGCUUCAUCUCCCCGAUGACUGCAAACAUCUACUUCCCAUCCAUCACCCCUAUAGCCAACGAGUUGGGCGUUUCAAUCGGGCUGAUGAACCUUACCAUCACGACCUACAUGAUCAUGCAGGGGCUCUCGCCCACCAUCAUCGGAGACCUGGGUGACAUGACCGGCAGAAGGCCAGCCUUUAUCAUUGCCUUCACCAUCUACAUAGUCGCCAACAUCGGUCUCGCCCUGCAAAGCAACUAUGCUGCCCUCCUGGUGCUUCGAUGCGUCCAAGGUGCUGGCAGCAGCGGGACCUUGGCACUGGGCUUUGCGGUCGUCGCCGACUUGGCUGUGAGCGCUGAGAGGGGCAAAUACAUGGGCUUUGUAGGUGCUGGUAUUCAAGUCGGACCGUCCAUCGGUCCUGUGAUAGGAGGAGCCCUUAGCGAGUAUCUUGGAUGGCGUUCCAUCUUUUGGUUCUGUGCAAUCCUCACCAUCGUUUGGUUGAUCCCCUUUAUCCUAGCGGUACCCGAGACAUGCCGCAAGGUCGUUGGCAAUGGUUCCGUCCCUCCCCAAGGCUGGAACAGGACUUUGGUCGACUACAUCCAGGAGCGGCGACACCCGACUGAUCGUCCAGAGACCCCCAAGAGGAAGUUCUACUUCCCAAAUCCGUUCAAGACGCUUGCGGUCGUCUUUGAGAAGGACCUUGGGCUUCUUUUGAUGCUCAACGCGUCCGUCUACCUCAUGUUCAUGUUGAUCCUCGCCACCAUGUCGCCGCAGCUACAUAGCAUAUACAAUCUGAACGAGUUUCAGGUUGGUCUCUGCUAUCUCCCAUAUGGUUUUGGCUGCUUCUUUUCGGCCAUCGUCCAAGGAUAUCUCCUCGACUGGAACUAUAGACGAACCGCUCGAAAGGUCGGCAUGAAGAUCGACAUGAAGCGCGGCGACGACCUCACAAAGUUCCCCAUCGAAAAGGCCAGGAUCCAGCUUAUUGCGCCAAUGUUAGGGAUAGGGAUCAUUUCCACUAUCUGCUACAGCUGGAUUAUGCAGACCGAACAGGCCCUCGGCUUGGUGUUGUUUUUCGGCUUCCUCAUCGGCGUCACCGUCAACGGAUCCUUCUCCAUGAUGAACACGCUCAUUGUGGACCUGUACACAGAUGCCCCCGCGACGGCUGUGGCGGCUAACAACCUAUUCCGCUGCUCCUUGGGCGCCAUCUGCAUGUCCUUCAUCGAGAACAUGGUCCAAACGAUGGGCAGGGGCUGGUGCUAUACUUUUUGGGCACUGCUAACGGCCUCCCUAAUGCCUAUUCUUUGGCUCUUGGUGCAGCGCGGGCCACGAUGGAGAGAAGAGCGUCGAUUGCGUAAGGAGAAAAUAGCGCAAAAAGAAUUGGCGCAACAGGAUGCAGAGAAGAGUGGGAAAUGAACUCAAGAGCGCAUGGGGGAAAGCGAAGAUCGCCUGUCUGUCUUGUGAUCCUCGAGCAUGUCGCCCUGUUGACGGGGUCUCGACAUGUACGGCGCAAUCCGCGAGGAACCUCUUCUUUUAAUGUCGUUACCAAAUGCGGGCAGGAAAAACGUGUGUUAAUUACCAAGUUGAUAUAUCUGUUCAUUUAGUUAAAUAUUUAGUCAAACAUCUUGUAUUUCUAGUGAAUUACUGUAAUACCCGAUCAGUCAACAACGUUGGCUUUUCCUUUUAUGGCGCCUCAACUCUUGGCGAAAGUGGUGGGAAGUUGGAACACAACCAACCUGGUGUUGCACAGAAGCAUACCCCGCAAUUAUAAUCAUCAGCUUUCGUC